ACGAGGACCAAAGAAGCGGGAAGUACAAUACUCCUCUCUCUCUCUCUCUCUGUCGGUCUUCAUCUUCCUCCUGCUUCUGCUCCUGCUCUUCUUUAAAAGCUUCCAAUCCCCCCUUCUCCUUGUGUGUCGUGGCAAAGCCUCUUCUCUUCUCGUGCCUUCUAGGGUUUCCUCUUCCUCGCACCGCGCCGCCUCGCCUCUUCGUCCCCAGAUUCAGAUCUACUCCUACUCCUACUACCAAGGUUGUUGCCAUGGCUCCCGCUGUUGAAGCCGUGGAGAAGAAGACAGGCUCAGCCCCCGUCAAGGCCCCUGCUCUGAAUGAAAGGAUACUGUCAUCUAUGUCCCGGAGAUCUAUUGCAGCACAUCCAUGGCAUGAUCUUGAGAUUGGACCUGGUGCACCAACUAUAUUCAACUGCGUCAUUGAGAUUCCUAGGGGCAGCAAGGUUAAAUAUGAACUUGACAAGAAAACUGGACUGAUAGUGGUGGACCGUGUGCUCUAUUCAUCAGUUGUGUACCCUCACAACUAUGGAUUCAUUCCUCGCACGCUGUGUGAAGACAGUGAUCCGUUGGAUGUGCUGGUUAUAAUGCAGGAGCCCGUUAUACCAGGAUGCUUCCUACGAGCAAAGGCCAUUGGUCUCAUGCCUAUGAUUGACCAGGGAGAGGCAGAUGACAAGAUUAUUGCCGUUUGUGCUGAUGAUCCUGAGUACAAGCAUUACAAUGAUAUCAAGGAGCUCCCACCUCACCGCUUGGCUGAAAUCAGGCGCUUUUUUGAGGACUACAAGAAGAAUGAGAACAAGGAGGUUGCUGUCAAUGACUUCCUGCCUGCAAGUGCUGCUUAUGAGGCCAUAAAGCACUCCAUGGAUCUCUAUGCUACUUACAUCGUGGAGGGCUUGAGGAGGUAGACUUGUGCCGCUUCCUGGACCGAGAGGAUGGAUGUUGACGAAAAUUGUGGAGAUAUUAUCACCUUAUGAACAAAUACUAUUAUUUUGUUGGUGUGUGAUAUACACCGGUAUUAUUCACAUUUCAAGUAGUAACAGCACAAGUAGAAACUACUAGUAGCACAACAAAGAGUGAUAUUCCUUUUAUGGCCCUCGGUGCCACUACGAUAUGGAGUAUUGGUGAAUGAUGAUACUUUAUGCUGAUUCUAUUGAUAUGGUUCGAGCAAAGAUUUGCAUAUUUUUUUCA